CAAACUUCGCCAAAAAUGGACGAGAGCGAAACUUAUGUGCACAGCGCCUACCAGGUAUCGAUAAUUCCAACGGAUCUACAUCACGAGGAAACUAUAAUCAGAGCAGCACAGUCGCUCGACUGCCUUAACAAAACAAUAAACUCAAUUUUCGGCCGCAUCGAUGCUCGAUUAGAAAGAAAUGGUGCCAAGGUUCAGCAUAUAAAUGACCGUGUCAUGCGUGCGCAGGCAAAAAUUGAUGCUCUCGUUGGCUCCAAGAAGUCUAUUAAAAUCUUUGCGCCCGCUCGCUUUCCCGGCAGCGCCAUAUUAAACAACAUACCGGUCACUUUUCCCCCGCUGGUACAGAAGCCAAUGGAAACGCCAACAACAACAACAACGGAGCUGCCACAGCGCCGGCAUCGCAAUCGCAAUGCUGAUUCUUCCAGUGAGCAGAACUCCGCCGCGGACAUUGACUCGGUAUUCUUUCAUGUGCGUGGCGAGGAUCAGCAGGAGACGCCACUGGUUAAGGAGCGCCAGCGCACCAAUCGCAUAGCCGGCCUGGGGAGCUUGCCAGCUGCGAAAUCGGUGCCGGCGCUGAUGCGUUUUAAUACCAACGAAUUUGCCUAUGGCGGCGGCAUCAAUGGCACCGAUGAUUUGAAUGCUUGGAAGCGCGCCCUACCGCCGCAAAGCCACAAGCGCACCGUUCACAAGCCAAAGCCGAUUGGUACGGAGCUGUUGGCGCCGGCGCCACACUCAUUGGCUCAUGGCACCACAAAGCUGGCAACUCCCGCCGGAGAUUUGCGUUAUACGCCAGCAGCGCUGGCAGCGCCGGCGAUAGAUGUGCCACUUGAUUUGCCCGAUCUGCCGGGCAUUGCCAAUGACUUGCAAUACGAGCCAGUCAAGGAGCAGACACCCAUUGCGCCGUCGCAUCAGUUUGUUGAUUUGCCUGAAUUGCCCGGUUUAAUGGAGCCGGCGGCUGAGGUACCUGUGAACUUGGACAUAACAGUGCAAUCAUUAGCGGCCCAAACGCACAUGACCCGAAAAAGUAAUCCAACGGUUGCGCCACCAAAUAUGCUACAAGCUCCACCACCGCCGCCACCACCACCACCGCCACCACCACCGCCGCCGCCGCCACCCCCACCCGCUCAACCUGCAGCCAAGCUGCCAACUGAUGGAGUUAUCAAACCCAUAUCGCCGUCGUUGGAAACACCUUUAAGCAUACCAGAUUCUCGUGCACCACCACCAGCCGAUCCGCGUUCUGAGCUAAUGGCUGCCAUACGCAACGCGGGUGGUGUACACGGUGGUCGUUUACGUUCACCGGCCGCUGCGCCUGUCAAUGUGGAUGCUGUGGACACACAAAAUGUGAACAACACAAGCCGUUCCAGAGCGGGCGGCGCUGCAACAGGUGGUGAUCUUAUGGCGGAUCUGCACAAUAAACUCAUGCUACGCCGAAAAGGAAUCUCGGGCAGUCAAAAUCCUGCGGAUCAAUCGGGAAAUCCCAUGAUGUUGCAACUGUCGAAAAUAAUUGCGGCGCCAGUAGAGAAGAGUAAAGGUUCCAUGUCCAGCGAUGAGGGCAAUUCCGAGGACGACGAAGACGCUUGGGAGUAGUAGUAAAUCGAAUUAGAGUUAAAUUAGUUCCAGCUAUGUGCCUUGCUUUAAGCAUUAGUAAAAAUUAUUAAAAACCAUUUUGGGCAGAUCGAGCAUAACAAUUGA